GAGAAGCAUCUAGUACUGCUGCAUCGAGCUCGAGGGGAUCUGCUAGACAGCAUAUUAGUGGAAACACUGAUUUUUCGGCGUCAGGGAGCAGAUCAUCAAGCUCGAAGCCAAGAAGAAGAACUAAUGCAUCUUCAAAAGACGUGGGACAGAAUUCGAAAAUACAGAGGAUCCUAAACCGCGACAACGACCCACCCUUCCUGGUCAAGGAUCACGACGAAGAAUUUUCCGCAACAUCAACAGCUGCUACUGGAGGUCUGCUUUUGCAAGAAGAAACUACACCCAUUGGAGGAGAGCAGCAGGUGCAGGUGCCUUCAGUUUCAUCCACGUCAUCGCAAACGCAAGCUCCGGCUUCUUCAACUUCAUCUAAGCUAGGUGGAGGUAGCGCCCAAACUACCAGUAAAAGUGCGGCAUUGGUCGAGGAGACACGUUCGUCCUCUUCUAAAGUAGCCUCAUCAACUACAUUCAGUAAGACCACAGUGAAGAAGCAACAGGCACUGUCUUUCCAAGUGGGCGUGAAAAGUGCUUCUACUGAGCACGAGCAGAAGGAAACUCAAAAUAGAACUUCAAACUCAAUUCGCGCUACUGGUGCUACCACCUUAGAUAGUACCAUAACCACGUCUUCAAGAAAGACUAAUAGUACACAACAACCCUUAGUGGAGGACCAAGUCCACGAUGCGGAGGUGGGCGAAGCAGGGUACGCUACUUCAGAAGCAAACUACAAUGGUAGGCCUAGUACUAAAGUAGUUCUUGAGGAGAAGAUUCAACAUGAAGAUCCAAGAUCUUCAUCUUACGAGGAUUAUUCUGUGUCGUCAACACAAGGACAGACAGGAGAUAUGUUCGCACAAGGACAGACAGACAAUGUGUUGUCCUCACGAGAACAGAUUGCCGAAGGUGUGCUCUCAACACAAGGACAGGUAG